AUGAUACAGGCAUCAGUUCUAUCACGACAAAAUGCCAUUCCUGGAGAGACGUUGUCCCGUGCUUCAUCUAGUAUGAGAUAUGCUGAUGCGAUUCAAGAUGGGAUCAUCGGCACGGGGAAACACAAGACGGCAUUGUUUAUGAAGAAGCGGGAUUAUGCCAUUCUCUUCCGGCCGACACAGGGCAGUCCCGAAUUCGGGCUUGCCCGUGCUCGACAGCAUGUUGGGAAGCAAACGGAAAGCGAGGGAGGGUGGUUAGUCCAAGCGGUGAGGUCACGGUUUUCCCAUAGGUACGGUUCCAGAAAGGCGUCCAAGGUCCUGAAACGGGUGCCGGGCCGCUCACUUUCCAGAAGAAAAGCAGUGGUCGGAACCGCUCGAAUCGUUCGGUUCCUUUACCUUGAGGAACCUGGGAAGUUUGGCGCUUCAGCCGAGAGCCAGCCCCAGGUAUCUAUCUCAUCCAAUGUCUCGCGUGUUUUAUACGCAGUAAGGAUGUCGUCGAUUCCUUUUGGACUGAAGAUGAGGGAUGUUCAGACACUGAGACGGCAAGACCCCCCCUGCCGGAUGUACCGUUUUGCAUCUGGCGGAUUCGGCGGCUCCGAUGUUUGUUCGACGACGACGCUUGAAGCAUUUUUCCUUCCCCUUUUCGCGGAAACUGGUGCACCGCCACCGGAAGACUUUAGAAGCGAAGCCUUUGCGGGUGGCCCCCACGAAAUGACGUCUUUCAGUACUGGCGGGCGUGAUCUAAGGCUUCUUCUACCCAAACAUGCCUUCGCCAUGAGAACCAUGCGUCUGCUCUCCAAUGGAAAUAAUCCGCUGAUGGAGACCGAGUGCCAAACCUAUAUCCUCAAUUUUGCUGCUCCAAUGGGCACCAGUCUCCGCACACAGAUGGAUGGUUUAGGGAGCCCGUCGGAAAGCAAGGCCAAGUGGGUGACAAAAUCGAUUUGCGCGCGACACAUCCGACAAGCAGGUUACAGCCAAGGCUUUCUUACGAUCACGAAGUCAAGAGGCAAAAAGGAAUGGGAGAAGAGGCCUGCAAGUGAGCGACAAAAUCGAUUUCCUGCUAUUCAUCUUGAUAACCUUCCAUAUCCAUACCAUCGACUUGCGGGGCACCCUGUAACCCCGAGCUUCAUGUCUUGUUUCUUCCCGUCUGCGGAUACAAACGCUAGUCUGGCCCGGCCACCAAUAAACCAGCCCCAGGACUGCGUACCCAGCCAAGAAAUCACCUCAUUUAGAGUUGGCCGGCACGAGGGAGCGCCAAAUUCAAACUUGCACGCAGUAACAGGAUCGGAACACCCAGCCGUGUUGGACUCCAAGGCUGAGGUAAGGGCACUCGAGCACGUUGCACCCUCCCACCGACUGUCGCUGGAUUGGUUCCCGCUCCCUCCCUCCUCUUCAGCCCAAGAAGAAGGCGAUGAAAUACGUGGCCUGUCACCUCACAUGUCAUCAUACUUCUGGCCCCUUCACCCUGUAGAAAGCAAGCACAUGCUACACGUCCUCGAGGGUGGCCAAUCCGGUGCUUUGCUUAUCCACCCCCUGGGCGGGCUGUAG